CUUGCCUCGAAGGAGCGGUUUCAGGGAGCAUCCUGAUUCAACUUGCCCUUUGCGAGCAGCUCCGCUCUUACCAGCGCUCCUUCCCCCUUGCUUCCCCGAUGGCCGCGGUUGCUGAAUCAUGUCCUCAGCCCGAGGAUCCCAUCGUGGUCAAGAAGCAGCAGUCGCCCGAUAUGACGAUUCGCAGCGAAUCCACCGCUGAGACGUCCGUUGACGCUGCGUCAGCCAAUCACAGCACGGAGGACUUCAACCCCUUCAUGAAUGCGGCCAUCUCGAGCGCUCUGGCGGGGGUGCAUCAGGAGCACGGGGGACCGUUCGGCGCCUGCAUCGUCAAGAACGGGGUCAUCGUAGCCUGCAGUCACAACAUGGUGCCCACCAACCUCGACCCGACCUGCCACGCAGAGAUGAACUGCAUCAGACAGGCCUGCAAGGUGACUGACACGACACGCUCACACAGAAAGGAAGAGUCGGAGUGAGAAAAGAGAGAGUGAGUAAGAGAAAGUCAUCGGGGGCUGGAUGUUUCUGUCUGUCUGUUUGUCUGUUUCUUGUGUGGGUAUCCAUCCAGGCGUUGAGCACUCACGAUUUGUCGUGUUGCGAGUUGUACACGACGUGUGAGCCGUGCCCCAUGUGCUGGGGGGCGGCCAAUUGGGCGCGUUUGAGGAAGAUCCAUAUCGGGUGCACCCGCCAGACCGCGGCCAAGUACGGCUUCGACGACGAGUUCUUCUACCAGGAGCUGGACCUGCCCCACGACAAGCGGGCCAUCAAACACAUGAAGGGCAUCAUGUCCGACCAGGUAGGUGCACAGACAGCAACAUACUCCUGGAGCGAGGGAUGUGGGACUCACCCUCUCUCCCUCUCUCCCUCUCUCCCUCUGUCUGUUGAUUGCUGGAUGGAUCCAUAUAUCUCUCAGGUUCGUAAGGUGUUUGAGGAGUCGCACACGUACAAGAAGCGUCUGCGAUCUGGCGGCGGCAUCUUGGCCAAGAUCUACCAGCAGAUGUUCCUCGACGACGACAGCAUCACGCCGAGUGACGACGGCAAGGGCCAGGGGAUGACCUGCACCGACGAGUGGAUGCAGGCGGCCAUCGAGGUGGCCCUCGAGGGGCAGCGCAAGGGCGAGAGCAAGGAGCGGGAGCCAUUCGGGGCGAUCGUCGUCAAGGACGGGGUCAUCGUGGGCCGCGGCUACAACACCGUCCUGCGGGAUGACGACCCCACCGCCACAGCGGAGGUCAACGCCAUACGCGCCGCAUGCAAAGUCGAAAACUCAUACAAACUCGUGGUAAGUCACUCACUCAGUCAGUGGACUGACUCGGUGUGGUGGGGUAGAGAGACAGAAGAAAGAAAGGGCAAGAGACUCAAACCACACGACUGACUGCAUGAAUGGAAUGCGCGUGUUUGUUGUCUGUCGCAUGGCAUGUAGGACCACGAGCUGUACACGACGACGGAGCCCGACCCGAUGUCUUUGGGAGCCAUCUACUGGGCGCGGCUCAACGCCAUCCACAUUGGCGUGUCGCAGAAGCUGGCUGCGGCCUUCGGCCACCCCGACGGGCUGCUGCACUACAAGGAGCUCGAGACGGAUUUCAAGGAGCGGGCCAUCGAGAGUGAGUGGAACGUCAUGGCCGAUGGAUGCGAGAACGUCUUCAAGUCAUGGAAGAAACUCCAGGGCAUCCUCUACUGACCAUGACGUGACGCAUGGGAAGGGAGGGAGGGAGGGCUGCAUGGGGGACUGACUGGUGGGCCUGUCUGUCUGUCUGUCUGUCUGUCUGGGUGACAAACAAACAUCCCAUCUGACCAGUUUUUAAGGGCAGUCGAUGCUCACCGCGGCGGUUGGAUUCAAUCGCUCUGCUCUGCGUCGUGGACUGAUGGAUGGGCGAAUGCUUGCCUGCCUGCCUGCCAGCCACUCUGUGUGUGUGUGUGUGUGUGUGUGUUGGUUUGUGCGUGUCUGUGUGUAAAGAAAAUGUCCACUUUUGCCUCCCUCAUUUUGCCUCAUUGUGAUCUGUCUGCAUACAAUACUUGUCUUUGUGCUUUCUUUCUUUUCCGAUGCGCACACAUGACGCUGGUCUGUCUGUCUGUCUGUCUAUCUGUCCGUACGCGGACACCGCGUCAGCCAGGCCAGGUCAGGUCGUGUGUGAUGUGAGUGCCUGCCUGCCUGCAUAUCGGCCGGGGCUGGCGGAGAACAGAGCAGCAUUUUGGCAAUCACUGAGUGAGUGAGGAGAGGACCACUAUCUAUCUAUGUGUCUCUUCUUCCCCUAUCUAUCCUCUUCUCUUUCGCUGCUCUCUCUCCCAACCAAACAGCCUGCCAGCCUGCCUGCAUCUCUGUGAAUUUUUCCUCAAGACCGACUUAUGCGAUGGAUGAACCUCUGUGUGGGUAUCUCUGCCGUGUGCUGCUAUAUGCGCAUUCACAAAUUUCGCAAACCCAACGCAUCCUUAGUGGUUGGCUGAGCACCUCAGCGGAGGCAAAGCCAGUGCAAUGCAGCAUGAAUGGUGUGCAAGUG